CCAACUAGACACAGUCGACUGAACGACGAUUGUUAUAAUAUGAGAGUUUCUUUCUCUGACUGAGCAAUGAAAUUCGAGAACCUACUGAUGCAGCGAGGGCAGGAGCAGCAGAAAAUACUGGGUCUUGAGGAAGAGGUGGGUAUGCUAGAGGCAGAACUGAAGGAGGAACAGGCAUUGAACAGGAUUUUGCGCUUUGCACUUCAGGGGCCAAUUUCCUCCCGCCCAAGUCUUUGCUCAUCGGUUCCACCCCAGGUUCAGGUGCUUCUGGAAGAACUAGCGAAGGUACAUGAAGAAAUAUUGUGGCUGGAGAGAAAAGUUGAGGAUCUGAAACUAAGCUUGUACCAAGAGAGGAAACGGAGCAGAGAAAGGGAAAUGGAGCAUUUAACAAGUAUACCAGAAGACGGUCACUUGCGAUGCGGACCAGAGAUCCGAUCGUCAGUGCUCAAUGAUCAGCGGUCCAGAUCAGAAAACCGUGAUCAUGAAUUUAGGAAAGAGAGAAUCAUAAAGGAAAGAAGACCUUCGUUGGGGUCUGUAUCGAAAAUCCUAAGCAUGUCUUCUACAAGAUCCAGCGGUAAACUAAAGUUUUUAUCGAAGAAGAAUGUUCAUAAACCUCGUGCCAACACUAGAGGUAGAGAAUCCAAAAGGCCAUCAGCAAGAUCCUCGUUUGAGAUUAGUUUAACCUCGGAGUUAUAGUGGGUCCAUUGCACGCGACCAACGUGGUGAAACAUGUUUAUGUAUUGUCCCCCACCCACAAAAAAAGAAGUUUUUUGCGUUAAGUGACAUGUUUAUCGAUCUGAAAAUACACAUUUAUAGUAAUUUCCUUUC